AGCACCAAUGAAGUUACAAUCACUCGGUGCCUUCGUGGCACUUGCACUCGCCCUCAAGGCGCAGGGUGCAGCCAUCCCCGCUGAAGCACAGCUGGAGCGUCGACAAGGUUUCCCUGGCUUCCCGCCAGGCGACGGAGGAGGCUUCCCUGGUUUCCCUCCAGGUGACGGUGGUGGUGGAUUCCCCGGCUUCCCUCCUGGCGACGGAGGAGGAUUCCCCGGCUUCCCCCCAGGUGACGGCGGAGGCUUCCCUGGCUUCCCUCCUGGUGACGGAGGAGGAUUCCCCGGCUUCCCCCCAGGCGACGGCGGAGGCUUCCCUGGCUUCCCUCCAGGUGAUGGAGGAGGAUUCCCUGGCUUCCCCCCAGGUGACGGCGGAGGCUUCCCUGGUUUCCCUCCAGGUGAUGGAGGAGGAUUCCCUGGCUUCCCCCCAGGUGACGGUGGAGGUUUCCCUGGUUUCCCCCCAGGUGACGGUGGGGGAUUCCCUGGCUUCCCUCCAGGUGACGGUGGAGGAUUCCCUGGCUUCCCCCCAGGCGAUGGUGGAGGAGGAUUCCCCGGCUUCCCGCCAGGCGACGGCGGAGGAUUCCCUGGCUUCACUCCGGGAGACGGCGGAGGAGGAUUCCCGGGCUUCCCUUGAGCAGCAAACACACCUCGAGCCCCAGUUUCCCGGUCGGCAAUUAGCGGUCAGCUCGUCAGGUAGUUACUUGGGGGAUCGGAAAUCGGUUCAUGUUUGUUGUAUGGGUUCCAUCUAUGGAAGGAAUAGUCGUUAGUAAAGCAGAUCGUGAAUAUUUGUUUCUUGUACCAAUACACACACCUCGUU